AUGAGCGACAAGGUUCCAGGAAAACAGCAAGACCAGAAUCAGGAGCAAAAGCAAGAGGGACAAUCCUUGCGAGUCCAAAUCCUUGUGUACCGUUGCAUGGGCAUUGAUCUGUGGAGUCCCACGACCAUCAACGAUCGUCCAUGGCUCACCUUUGUAACCAUGGGACCACUUUUCAUGUUCAUGGUGCCCAUGUUCCUGGCCGCCCACGAGUACAUAACACAGGUGAGCCUGCUGUCCGACACUCUAGGAUCCACCUUUGCCAGCAUGCUGACUCUGGUCAAGUUCCUGCUCUUCUGUUAUCACCGCAAAGAGUUCGUGGGUUUGAUUUACCUCAUCAGAGGUAUUCUCGACAAGGAAAUCAAUGUCUGGCCGGAUGCCCGGGCCAUCGUGGUUGAGGAGAAUCAGAGUGAUCAGAUGCUGAGUUUAACGUACACCCGCUGCUUCGGUCUGGCGGGAAUCUUUGCGGCCAUCAAGCCCUUUGUGGGUCUUGUAAUUUCCCUGAUUCGCGGCGAUGAGAUUCAUCUGGAGCUGCCGCACAAUGGUGUGUAUCCAUACGAUCUCCAGGUGGUCGUGUGGUAUGUGCCCACCUAUCUGUGGAAUGUGAUGGCCAGCUAUAGUGCUGUAACUAUGGCUCUCUGCGUGGACACUCUGCUCUUCUUUUUCACCUACAACGUGUGUGCCAUUUUCAAGAUAGCCAAACACCGAAUGAUCCAUCUGCCGGCAGUGGGCGGCAAGGAGGAGUUAGAGGGUCUGGUCCAGGUGCUAUUGCUGCAUCAAAAGGGACUCCAGAUCGCUGACCACAUUGCGGACAAGUAUCGUCCAUUGAUCUUUUUGCAGUUCUUUCUAUCGGCCCUGCAGAUUUGCUUCAUUGGAUUCCAGGUGGCAGAUUUGUUUCCCAAUCCGCAGAGCCUCUACUUCAUCGCCUUUGUGGGUUCACUGCUCAUCGCUCUGUUUAUCUACUCGAAAUGUGGGGAGAACAUCAAAAGUGCCAGCCUGGACUUUGGUAAUGGUCUAUACGAGAGCAACUGGACAGAUUUUUCGCCACCCACCAAGCGUGCCCUCCUUAUCGCCGCCAUGCGCGCCCAACGACCUUGCCAGAUGAAGGGAUACUUCUUCGAGGCCAGCAUGGCCACCUUCUCGACGAUUGUCCGCUCUGCCAUGUCGUACAUCAUGAUGUUGCGCUCCUUUAAUGCCUAA